AUGACUUCAUUAUCCACCACCACAACCACAAAUACAAACACAAAUAGUAAUAGUACAGAUAUUAAAGUAGAUAAUUAUAAUAAUGUUAUUCCAGUAAUUGAUAUAUCUUCAAGAGAUUCAGAUAAUGGUAAAGCAAAAAUUGCUAAAGAAAUUCAUGAUGCUUCUAAAGAAUAUGGUUUUUUUUAUGUAAAGGGUCAUGGGAUAGAGGAGUCAUUAAUUGAGGAUUUGUAUUCAUUUAUUAAAAAGUUUUUAGAUUUGCCAGAGGAGUUUAAAUGCAGAUUUAAAAGAAAAACAGGCGUUAGUGAAGCUUUAGGUUAUUUUAAAGUGGGUGAUAAAAAGGGACAUGGGUACACCAAGGGAAUAGAUUAUAAAGAUGGGACAUAUUUAUUAGUUCAGGAUGAAUACGCAGACCAUUUAACCAAUCGUUUAUACCCAAAUGAAGAGGAGGAAAAAGAAUAUGGGAUAGUUGGUUAUAAAAAAACAAUUGAAACCUAUAUUAAAAAGGUCUUGAAUUUAUCUAAUGAAAUAUUAGAACUAAUAGCAAUUUCAUUACAUUUACCAAAUGAUUAUUUCAAAACAAAUAACUAUAACGCUAAUCCAUCCUCUAUAUUAGGAUGUUUAAGAUAUCCAUCGUUUAACAAUGAUGUAGACGAAAGUGAUCAACAAGAGAAGUUUGGUGUAUCAGAGCACACCGAUUGGGGCAGUAUCACAGUUCUCCAUCAAGAUGAUGUAGGGGGUUUGCAAAUUAAAUCCAAAGACAAGUAUAUUGAUGCCAAACCUAUUAAAGGAACAUUUGUUAUUAAUUUAGGUGACAUGCUUCAAAUUAUGACCAGAGGUUAUUAUCUUUCAAAUUUCCACAGAGUCUUAUACAAUACCAGCGGUAAAGAUCGUUUCUCAUUUCCAUUAUUUGUAUCCCCACCAUGGGAUACCCCAGUCAAAGUAAUUGAGGGAAUUCCAGAACCUCCAGUAAGAGAAAGAGACUCCUAUUUCCAAAAUUUUAGAGGCAACUACAGGGAAUAUUUCUUGGAUCAAAUGGCAAUUAGUUUUGGUGAUAACCAUAAAGAAUUUAAAAAAUACUAA